UUUAAGUGUCAAACAUCAGAGUGGACCUCCAGACACACUGAGGAUGGAGAUGAAAAUGUUUUUUCCGUUGCUGCUGCUCGUCUGCUCCGUCUCUACAGCUGAGCUGCAGGCUCAGUCUGACAAUGACAUCCUGUCACAUGUAAAGCAAACUGAGGGCCAAGUGGGAGAAGCAGAGAGUGUGACUGAGCAGCAGACCUGCACACAGGACAUCAACGCUGUUCUGAGAGAGAUGAGCGCCUGGGUGGCUGCACUGAAGGUGGAGGUGCAGCACCUGCAGAGAGACAAUGAAGUGAAGACGACGGAGCUGCAAUCCCUGAACCAACGGUACCAAGUACAAGAAACAGAGGUAAAAAAGCUGCAAGAUCAGAAUCAAGCUCAGGCAGCAGAACUGGCUGCUGUUAAAGUCACUGCUGAAAACCAAGUGGAGGCUCUGAAGAGAGAAGCAGAAGCUCAGGCAGCAGAACUGGCUGCUGUUAAAGUCAAAGCCAACAUGACUGGAAACCAAGUGGAGGCUCUGAAGAGAGAAGCAGAAGCUCAGGCAGCAGAACUGGCUGCUGUUAAAGUCAAAGCCAACAUGACUGGAAACCAAGUGGAGGCUCUGAAGAGAGAAGCAGAAGCUCAGGCAGCAGAACUGGCUGCUGUUAAAGUCACUGCUGAAAACCAAGUGGAGGCUCUGAAGAGAGAAGCAGAAGUUUGUGAAACUCAGGUAAAGAAACUGCAGCAACUGAACCAAGCUCAGGCAGCAGAACUGGCUGCUGUUAAAGUCAAAGCCAACAUGACUGGAAACCAAGUGGAGGCUCUGAAGAGAGAAGCAGAAGCUCAGGCAGCAGAACUGGCUGCUGUUAAAGUCAAAGCCAACAUGACUGGAAACCAAGUGGAGGCUCUGAAGAGAGAAGCAGAAGCCAAACGACUGGUUUUCUCUGCCUCUUUAUUGGCAUCGGGUUAUGGACACACUGGACCGUUCAACACCCACAUCACUCUGAUCUUCAGAAAUGUUGUUACUAAUAUUGGAAAUGCCUACAACCCAAAUACAGGGCUGUUCACUGCACCAGUGAGAGGAGUUUAUCACUUUGAGUUCCACAUUCAUGGACAUGGAAGUUCUACUAUCCUACAUCUGCUGUGUUGUACAAAAAUGGAGAGCACAUCUUUUAUGGCAUGGACAACUCAACCUGCUGGUGAUCAAAGCUUCUAAUGGCGUCUCACUGCUGUUAGAAAUUGGAGAUGUUGUAUUUUUGCGAAUGUUGCCAAUUCAAGGAUUUAUGACAAUACAGAUCGUCACACUACUUUUAGUGGUCAAUUACUUUUCACCAUGUAGGCAUCUAUGCAUGCAGUUCUUUUCGUCCGUUAACCAUAAUUUUCACUCCUCAGCUUUAAUAUAUCUUUUCCUUAAUUAAAAACUAUCUUUAUGUAGACAACAGUUACUGCUUCUUUUUAUUUUUAAUUAUUAUUUUAGCUACGCAUUAAAUUACAGAAUUAUCAAAGUGAUGUGACAUCACCUGGUCUGUCCGAUGUCGGUGAAAGAAUGAAGUUUGAAGAAAAAUGACAAAAAAACCUAAUAAAUCUGACCUUUUCAACUCUC